UCACAUUCAUGUCUAAUAUUAGUCAUUAUAAAUACCCUUUCAAUUCUUAAGUGUAAACACAAGCAAAAAACAAGUUUCGUAGAAUUUGUUAUUGUUUAUCUUUCUCAUUCUCUUUGUCACCAUUAUUAUGGCUAGUAGUAAUAUUGUAGUGGUUUUCGACUUUGAUAAAACCAUAAUCGAUUGUGACAGUGAUAAUUGGGUUGUUGAUGAGUUAGGUUUCACUGAUUUGUUCAAUCAACUCUUUCCUACCAUGCCAUUCAACAAUCUCAUGGAUAGGAUGAUGAUGGAGCUUCAUUGUAAUGGAAAAACAAUUGAAGACAUUGUUGAAGUUUUGAAGAGAGUUCCAAUACAGCCUAGAAUGAUCCCUGCCAUUAAAGCAGCCAAUGCUUUAGGGUGUGAUCUGAGGAUUGUUAGUGAUGCAAACACAUUUUUCAUAGAGACAAUUCUGAAGAACUUUGGAAUUAGAGAAUGUUUCUCUGAGAUUAACACUAAUCCAGCUUAUGUUGAUGAAGAAGGAAGAUUAAGAGUUUUGCCUUAUCAUCAUCUCAACCAACCUCCUCAUAGAUGUAACCUCUGCCCUACCAACAUGUGCAAGGGUCUAAUCAUAAAUAGAAUCCAAGAUUCAUUUUCAUGUGAAGAGAAUAAAAGGUUUAUAUAUCUUGGGGAUGGUAGUGGAGAUUAUUGUCCAAGUUUGAAUCUUAAAGAAAAAGACUUUGUGAUGCCAAGGAAGAAUUUUCCUGUAUGGGAUUUGAUUUGCAAAGAUCGUUCUCUUGUUAAAGCUCAAAUUUAUGAAUGGGGUGAUUGGGAAGAACAAGAAAAGAUUUUGCAUCAAUUAAUCAACAAAGUUUCAAUGGAAGAAAGUGCUCUAUUCUUUUCUGCUCAUGAACCUUUGCCUAAAGCUCUACCUGUUAUGCUAUAGUUUUGUUUAAUAUAUUUAUAGAAAUACUUUUAAGUUUUUUUUUAAUUUUCUUUCUUGUUUUACUUUCGAAUUGAUUUUGAAUUUUUCUUUCAUAAAUGUUAUUUUAUAAUUAAAUACAAACUUUAAUUGCUCUCAAA